UUUGGGCGCGUUUUCGUUAGCUUUUUUGCUUUGUUUUCUACGGGGGGCGACCUCUAGUGGGGUCACGGUCCCGUCCGUCUUGCAUUUUUGAUUCCCGUCGAGGUGCUGUCAAGUUCUUCUGGAGUGCGUUUGGGGCUCGUUUUGGGUGCCGAGGGGCUGCGACGUUUUUUAAAGAACUCCCUCUGUUAGCCUAUCUGGCUUUUUAAGAACUCCCUAUUUUAGCAUAUCUGGCAAACAUAAAAAAGAAAAAGAAAAAAAAAGAAGGCAAAAACGUUGUGGCGUUUUAAAGACUGACUGCUGUGUUUUAAGAUUAAAAGGUUUUCUGUGGACAGUUACGCGUACUGCUCAUUUGAGGCUGGACAAGAACUUCCAACUUUUGGCAACUGAAGAUGUCGUUGCUAUGGAAACAGAUCUUCCUGCUUUCCUUUGUUGGCUGCCUUGGAGAUCUUGAAAAUUUAAAGACAAAAAUGAGAAGUACUGUGUCUGUGCGAGAAGGCCAAGGGGUUGUUUUGCUGUGUGGACCACCAACUCAUUCUGGAGAAGUCUCUUAUGCUUGGAUCUUCAAUGAAUAUCCUUCAUUUGUGCAAGAAGACAACCGGCGAUUUAUUUCUCAGGAAACUGGCCACCUCUACAUAGCCAAAGUUGAGCCAUCUGAUGUAGGAAAUUAUACAUGUGUUGUGACAAGCACCUCAACAAAUGCCAAAGUUCUUGGCUCACCAACACCUUUAGUGCUACGUAGUGAUGGUAUAAUGGGAGAAUAUGAACCCAAAAUAGAAGUGCAGUUUCCCGAAACAGUUCCUGCUGCUAAAGGUUCGACUGUAAGAUUGGAAUGCUUUGCCCUUGGAAACCCAGUGCCUCGGAUUAACUGGAGAAGAACGGAUGGAACACCAUUUCCAAGCAAAAUAACAUUGAAGAAAUCCAACGGCAUGAUUGAAAUUCCCAAUUUCCAACAAGAAGAUGCUGGUCUUUAUGAGUGUAUUACUGAAAAUUCUAGAGGAAAAAAUGUUGCAAGGGGGCGCCUCACAUAUUAUGCAAAGCCUCACUGGGUUCAACUGAUAAAAGAUUUUGAAGCUGCAGUAGAGGACAACUUAUACUGGGAAUGCAGGGCAAGUGGCAAACCCAAGCCAUCAUAUAGGUGGCUGAGAAACGGAGAGCCUUUAACACUGGAGGGAAGAAUACAAAUUGAAAAUGGAGCUUUGAUCAUAACAAACCUAAACUUGUCAGAUUCUGGCAUUUACCAGUGUAUAGCAGAAAACAAACAUGGCACAAUAUAUUCCAGUGCUGAUCUCAGAGUUGUAGCUUCUGCUCCUGACUUCUCUAAAAGUCCAAUGAAGAAACUGAUUCAGCUUCUAAUGGGCAGUACAGCUCAUUUUGAGUGCAAGCCAAGAGCUUCCCCUAAAGCAACAAUUACUUGGAAAAAGGGAGGUGAGCUGCUCCAAGAAAAUGAAAGGAUAUCAUUGCUAAAAGAUGGAAGUCUCCGAAUAGCAAGCGUGAAUAAAUCAGAUGCUGGAAGUUAUACUUGUUUGGCAGAGAACCAGUUUGGAAAAGCUAGCAGUUCAACCAGCUUAUUAGUUACAGAGCCCACUCGAAUAACCCUGGCACCUUCCAACAUGGAUGUUACUGUGGGGGAAAGUGUGAUCUUGCUGUGCCAAGUCCAGCACGAUCCUCUGCUGGAUGUAAGUUUCACGUGGUAUUUUAAUGGUGCAUUGACAGACUUCAGAAAAGAUGCCUCUCAUUUUGAGAGAGUAGGCGGGAGUGCAUCUGGUGAUUUAAUGAUCAGAAAUAUCCAGCUAAAACACAGUGGAAAAUACGUGUGUGUGGUGAAGACAGAGGUCGAUAGUGUAUCAUCUUCAGCAGACCUGAUAGUGCGAGGCUCACCUGGACCACCUGAACGUGUAAAAGUGGAUGAAAUAACAGCUAGUACAGCUCGGCUUUCUUGGCAUGAAGGCUUAGAUAAUCACAGCCCUAUCACUGGUUAUACUAUACAAGCCAGGACACCAUUUUCGGUGGGUUGGCAAAGAGUCACAACAGUUCCUGAUGUCAUUGAUGGGAAGACAUUCACAGCUGCUGCGGUAGACUUAAACCCCUGGGUGGAAUAUGAAUUCCGUGUAGUUGCCAGUAACAAAAUUGGAGGUGGAGAACCUAGUUUACCCUCAGAAAAAGUAAGAACUGAAGAGGCAGUUCCUGACGUACCACCAUCUGAAGUAAGUGGGGGCGGUGGCAGCAGGUCUGAACUGGUCAUCACAUGGGAUCCUGUUCCUGAAGAAUUACAAAAUGGUGAAGGAUUUGGUUAUGUUGUUGCUUUCCGACCUCUUGGCAUUACAACCUGGAUACAGACAGUUGUUACAUCACCUGACACGCCCAGAUACGUCUUUCGAAAUGAAAGCAUCCUGCCAUUUUCACCAUAUGAAGUCAAGGUUGGAGUAUAUAAUAAUAAAGGAGAAGGUCCUUUUAGUCCAGUGGCUACAGUGUAUUCUGCUGAAGAGGAGCCUUCUAUAGCACCUUCUGGUAUGUCUGCAAACAGUGUCUCAUCUUCUGUCAUUGAAGUGUCCUGGAAUGCCAUUCCUUGGAAAAUGAGUAAUGGGAGACUGCUGGGCUAUGAGGUAAGAUAUUGGAAUAAUGGUGGAAAAGAACAGUCUUCAAACAGAGUAAAAGUCAUCGGAAAUGAAACAUCAGUAAGAAUAACAGACCUGAUGAGCAACCUGGUGUAUUUCACAGCCGUUCGUGCAUACAACAGUGCGGGAGCAGGUCCGUUUAGUGCCACUGUGAAUGCUACCACCAAAAAAACACCGCCCAGCCAGCCUCCAGGAAACAUUGUCUGGAAUGUCACAGACUCCAGGGUAGUACUGAAUUGGGAGCAGGUGCAUGCAAUGGAAAAUGAGUCGGAGGUAAUUGGCUAUAAGGUUUUAUAUUGGACAAGCAGUCAGAACCAGCUCAGUGUCCUGAUCACAAACAGAACAUCUGCAGAACUUCUUUUGCCUUUAAAUGAUGAUUAUAUUAUUGAAGUUAAAGCAGCCACUGAUGGUGGAGAUGGCAUUAGCAGUGAGCAGAUAAAAAUACCUAAACUAGCAAGUAUGGAUGCAAGAGGCUCUAGCGCAGCAAUUUUGCAUGGUCUGUCCAGUCUAAUGCCCAUGACACUAUUUUUGUUUUUCAAAGCAGUCAUGUGGUGAUGCAUUUUCAUAGAGAAGCCAAGUCUGGGCGUAUCAUUUCCUUAAAAGUGCUUUUGAAAACAACAAUAACGACAGCAACAACAGAUGGUGGUUAUGCAUGAAUCUACCACUGCUCUGAAUUUAAACACUUUCUAUAACUUGGGAUUUUUCCUUCGAAACAAAAACAAAUCACACACAUAUUAAAUAGUUCCUUUUGAAGGAAUAGAAAAUGCCUUAAAAUGUAAUGAACCAAAGGAGUUUUCACAGUACAUGCUUCAGAAAUGACAAGAAAAAGAGGAUGAGCAUUGUGAAAAGUUUUGAGAGUUCCAUUUUCUAAGUGAUAUGAAAUUAUUUUGAAGCACCUUGCCCCAAAAACUAUCCUGAUACACACAAUUCAUGCAAGAAAAAAAAUCUGUAAAACCUUGAACUCUUUUCGACCUUUUAUACUGACAUUUUGCUUAAUGUCCUUAUUUACUAUUAAAUAAACAUCAGAAGAAUUGAUGCUUUUGAAUUGUGGUGCUGGAGGAGACACUUGAGCGUCUCCUGGACUGCAAA